GCCCCGCCCCGCCCCCACUGCAUGGAACCGGGGGGAGAAAGACGCCGCUGGCAGCGCCAGUCCCGGGGGGAGUCGGCGCGCGCACUCUCCUCCUUUCAUCCCGGAACCGGAUUGAAUCCGGAGGGGCUCGCUCGCUCGCGCUCCCUCCCUGCGCGCGUGCCCGGCCGCUCGCGCGGCGGUUGGAGGCAGGAGCGGCCGGCAGCGGGGCCGCACGGAGCCCUGCCCGGGGCAGAGCCGCCGCGCGGACGAAGUGGAAAGGUAUUUAGAGAAGAAAGGAAGAGACUGCAAGAACAGAGGAUGGUCUCAUGUUCAAGGCAGAGCCUGCAACAAUCAAGCAGUUGUACUGAGUUCAAGUUCAGAAGUACUUUACACAUGAAGCCAAACUGGCUCUCUAGCUGACUUCCCUCUGGCACCACCUCAGCAGAGCUGGACUUGAAUCAUGGAGGAACAUCAGCAGCAUUUACACUGUGUCAAUUGUGUCAGUCGGCGUUGCAUGACCAGACCAGAGACUGGAAUUUCCUGUGACUUGAUUGGCUGCCCGCUGGUUUGUGGAGCAGUCUUUCAUUCAUGCAAAGCUGAAGAGCAUCGUAUUUUGUGUCCAUUUGAAAGAGUGCCUUGUUUGAAUAGUGGCUUUGGAUGUCCCUUUAAUGUAGCCCGAAACAAAAUCGCUGAACAUCUAGAAAUUUGUCCCGCAAGUGUGGUUUGCUGCACUAUGGAAUGGAAUAGAUGGCCAGUCAGUUAUGCAGACCGGAAAUCUUAUGAAAAUCUAAGUAAAGAUGUUGAUGAAGUAGAGCAGUUAGACAUGGCUUUAGCCCUUCAAGACCAGCGCAUGCUAUUAGAAUCCCUCAAAGUAGCAACUAUGAUGUCAAAAGCAGCUGAUCAGAUAUCAGAACCUAGAGAGCAGACUUCUGUUAAGUCAAGUGCUCCUGACACAAUGCUUUCAAAUGGGUUGAUACCUGCAGAUGGAGAUUCCUACAGUGCACUUUAUCAAGCUACUGUAGAAACUACUAAGAGUUUAGCUGCUGCAUUAGAUAUACUGAACACUGCUACAAGAGACAUAAGCAUGUUAAGUUCAAGACUAUGUAUUUUGCCAUAUGAGAUGAAUGAAGAUUUUCAGAUCAAAGAACAAACUACUAAUGGAUGUAUUCAAAGUAAAUUGUCAGACCAUGAAUAUCCAGAUGAAGAUAACAUGGGAGCAGUUGGUGGAAUUGACUUCGAUGUCCUGAGCCAAAAUUCACAAUCGGAACAAAAUGGUUCAAGUGAUUUUUGUUAUGAUAUAGUGCAAAAACAUGACUUGAAUGUGAAUCUUGGUAAUGCUUCUGCUCUGUGUAAUGGUUUUCAUGCAGAAAAUAUAGGUACAGAGGCAUUGGACCAGAAUGAAGAUCUAGAUGUGUGUGAUUCAAAACCAUCUAAUGUAGCAAAUGGUGAAUGUAUUGCAUCUCCUGAUGAUGGAGCAUUGAAGUCUUGCAGCUCCUUUCCUGUAGCAGCACAACAACUUAGAGAAGUGAUAAUGCCUCACAGUUUAUUUAAUGGCGCUGUUACCCAUAUACAACUGCCACAUGUCUCCAGUGGAGAGGAAGUGUUAGAGAGGCAAUUGGAACAAGAAAGAUUGAGAAAUGUAGAUGUGUUUUCUCUAAUUCAUCAUCGAUCAUACAAUUUUCUUGUUAACCACUGUUGGUCUACACCAAAGGAAGACAAAGCUGUUGAUACAUCAGAUUUGGAGAUAACAGAAGACCCUAUGGGUCUUCAGGGGAUAGAUCUAAUCACAGCAGCUUUGCUGUUCUGUCUAGGAGACUCUCCGGGUGGUAGGGGGAUAUCAGAUAGUCGCAUUGUUGAUGGAUAUCGCAUUGAUUUUGGGACUCAAACAUUUUCCCUUCCAUCUGCGAUAUUGGCCACGAAUACAAUGGUAGGGGAAAUAGCUUCAGCUUCAGCAUGUGAUCAUGCCAACCCACAGCUCUCAAAUCCAAGUCCUUUUCAGACACUUGGUCUGGACUUGGUAUUGGAAUGUGUGGCUAGAUACCAAACAAAACAGCGUUCAAUGUUUACAUUUGUUUGUGGACAAUUGUUUAGGCGAAAUGAAUUUUCUUCACAUUUUAAGAAUGUGCAUGGUGACAUUCAUGCUGGCCUCAAUGGCUGGAUGGAGCAGAGGUGUCCCUUGGCAUACUAUGGGUGUACAUACUCUCAGCGUAGGUUUUGUCCUUCAACACAAGGGGCAAAGAUUAUUCAUGAUCGCCAUCUGCGGUCAUUCGGAGUUCAGCCUUGUAUAUCUACAGUAUUAGUAGAACCAGCCAAAAGCUGCCUCAUUGGUCCAUGUAGUGAUCAUCUGAGUAGUCUUCCGUUUGAGGUUCUACAACAUAUUGCUGGUUUUCUAGAUGGUUUUAGUUUGUGUCAGCUUUCAAGAGUGUCACGAUUAAUGAGAGAUGUAUGUGGAAGCUUGCUUCAAGCACGUGGAAUGGUCAUACUGCUUUGGGAAAAGAGAAAGUACCCAGAUGGAAGUUCUUCAUGGCAAAUAAAAGAAAAGGUGUGGCGGUUCAGUACAGCUUUUUGUACUGUAAAUGAGUGGAAGUUUGCGGACAUCGUAAGCAUGGCUGACCACUUGAAGAAAUGUAAUUAUAAUGCUGUAGAGAGAAGGGAGGAGGCUGUCCCGCUGCCAUGUAUGUGUGUAACACGAGAACUCACUAAAGAAGGACGUUCACUCCGCUCUGUCUUGAAACCUGUACUUUAAAUGCGAUGUCACUCCACUUGCACAUACACUCAAGCACCUGAUAUAACCUCUAUGUAAUAUUAUGUGACACUUUAUUAAUGUACUAAAGAUAAUUUCUAGUUAAAUCUACUCUGUCACUAUGUAUAUAAUGUUUGGAAGUGACAUUUAUUUUUUAUAAUACUGUUUAGUUGAAAGUAUUGAAAGUUGCCUUAAUGUUUGAAAAAUUUGGAACUUGCUGGACAGGGUAGUUUUAUCUAACUUAUAUAAUUUUAAAAAAAAAUCUCUAAUGUAUGGGUUUGUUUUUUUUUGAUUCACUGGUGCCCAUAUUUUUGCUGAAUUAAUAAAAUUUCAGAAAUGAACUUCUAUAGGUAUGCACAUUCAAAUAGGAUACUUUGAGUUGUAGUGAGACAGGAUCCCAACCAAACACAUUUUGUGUGUUUUGGUCUUGUUACAAAUUACUAAACAUUCAAAAGCUGAACACUAUUCAAAACUUUGAAGUAGAUGUCUCAGACAAACCCUUGACUUUUUAAGCACGUGUGCGAAUUUCUUAGUUUAAU